UAUCAACACAUCAAGUUUGAAGCAUCAUGAGCACUCCGAGUGAUGAACAACUUUCUGGCCCAUCAAAUAGUGAUUUGUUAAAAGUUAGACCUCCAUCGUCCAUGACUAAUUCAAGUCUACCAAAGAGGCAUUCAAGGACAUCGAGUUUCUCUUCGAUAACUAGUGAUAAAAUUAUGUCAGCUACCAAAUCGGUGCCUGUGUCAACAGAAAUUUUGAACCCGAAUUCUGAUGAUUUAACUGUUGGUGACUGUAUUUGCGUUAAUGGAACAAAAUCUGGUAUUAUCAAAUUCCUUGGUAGUACAAGUUUUGCUCCUGGUAAAUGGGCUGGAGUUGAAUUAGCUGAUGCUUCUGGUAAAAAUGAUGGAUCUGUUAAUGGAGUUAAAUAUUUUACUUGAGAGCCCAAACAUGGCUUAUUUGUCCGUCCACAUCGUUUAACUUUAGACCCUAUUACACCUCCAGAGAAACCAUCGUCCACCGUAACAUCGCCAUCUCCAAUCAGUGAUGGCUUCAAAUCAUCAACUAAUCUCAUAACCAGUGUAACAAGCACCACUUUCGCUUCAUCAAGAAUCACAUCUUCAUCAGCCUCGAAUCUAAAAGUUGGUGAUAAAGUUAUGGUUAUCAAGUAAAGCCAAAGCAAGCUAAUCAACCAAGAACUAACAUUAGCAUGGUUAGACGGCCAAGUAUUAUAAUUUAUUAUAACUACCUCUAAACGCAGCGGAAUGGGUGACAGUCGAGAAUCUCUUGCAUCUAUUAACAGUACUAAUUCCCAUCGAUUGACCCGAUUAGGUUUUGGGAUGACUAGCAGCUAUAUGUGACCAAUGACAGACUCGCUAUCUUAAAACUAUUGAUGAAUUCAAUUUGAAAUUGAAGAGAAACCACGAUGAAAUGGAUAAAAUGAAAAAAGAUUUGAACCGGAUGAACGUAGAGUCCAAGAAACAUCAAUAUGGAUGAGAUUAUUAAACAGACAGUAAGCAAUAACGGUCAAUUGUAUACUAAUGGAUAAUUUACACAAAAGUGGAGAUGAAAGAAGGAAAUUAGAAGGUAAUCUCAACUCUUUAAGAGAUAAGCUCGAACGUGAAGAGGUGGAUUCUGAAAUGGUGAAGAUGAAAAAAAUGAUCCAGGAUAAGGAAGCCAAGGAAGUGACUUUGAUAAAUAAAGAAACGCAAUUGACUGAAUAAACCAUUACUUCACUGGAAAGACGUAUUGAUGAAUUGCUCAAAGCAAGUGGAGAUAACAGUGAACACUUAACUGAGGUGAAUCGGGAAUUGAA